ACUGAAACAGCGUCAGUUGCAAGUACACUCUGGGUCUCGCAUCACAGUGACAAUGAACGUCUUGGUUUCAACUGCUGUAGUUUGCCUGAUUGUCAGUGCAGUGCACGUCACUGCAAACCUUGGCGGCAGCAGCUUACUUGGUUACAUAAAGAUUUACAGUCCUGGUAAAUCUAAUAACAGCACAGGUACUGGAUUCCCAAAAUACAUGGGAUGUUACCUUGAUGACGCCAAGAGGAUGAUCGGUGCUACUUGGGUUACGCGGAACGACAUGACCCAUGGGUGGUGUUUAAAUUAUUGCAGGAAGGGUCGUCACAAGUAUGCAGCGUUGCAGUAUUUCAGCUAUUGCUUCUGUGGAGACUCCAUCAACAUAGAAAGAUAUCCAAAGAAACCGGAAAGUGACUGCAAUCAACCAUGCAGGGGAAACAGAAGUGAGAUUUGAGGCGGUUCAUGGAGAAAUUCCCUUUACAUGAUGUUCUAAAAAUAAAACAUUUAUUAAACAUUGAACUUUUCA